GUGUGUGUGUGUGUGUGUGUGUGUAAUCCCAAACCCGAGUGGCCCGUACAGAAGGCCGGGGGUAGGGCGGCCGAGCAAAUGGAGCAACCCAAAUGAAGCACGAAAAAUAGCAAAGAAUCACAAACACAGCCCCGAUUAGAGGAAUGUAAUUCCGCCUGUCUUUUCUAGUCCCUCCUUUCCGUGAUGUCUGCUCGCCGGAAUGACGGUUCAGAUCAUGAGAUAAAGUUAUGGAACGCCAUGUGAAACAGCAAAGAAGGUCUGCAGUGUGCACUCGGCUCUUAUUGAUGCAAGGAAACGAGUGCUUUUGACAACACGCCAGUCUACUCUACUGGGACAUCUGAGUCGAGGCCUGGCUCUGACAGACGUACACAUGGGUUACACGCUACAUAAGUGACUCGGACAAAAGGCUUGACCAGAACCAGCACACAUCCGGACCGAGCUUUGACACAGACAUUUGUGGCAGCUAUGUCGCUCUCUACGGUGCUAGCAAAGGCUUUAUAUGAUAAUGCAGCCGAGAGCCCGGAGGAGCUGGCUUUCCGGAAAGGCGACAUCUUGAUGGUGCUGGAGCAGGAGCAAGAUGGUGGUCCAGGUUGGUGGCUUUGUUCCCUCCAUGGGCGCCAAGGCAUUGCUCCUGCUAACCGCUUACGGCUCCUCCAGACAGCACCGGAUGCCCGCCGUACUCCCAGUGUGGACUCUGUUUAUCUCUCUCCUGUUCAACAAGGCCACCUUAAUGGGCAUCGCCUGGAAGAUGGUGACGGGGUGUAUCUCUCUCCUCCGAGCCUGGUCGAAGGGGUGUACCAGAGUCCCGCAGGGGCUUCAGGACCAGGUAGUCGCCCCCGCUCUCAUUCAAGUUCUGGUGCCAGGCCACGGCCCGAAUGGGCGGACAUUGGCGUUGAAGGACGUCCACGCUCACCUUCUCUGAGAGGACGAACAGGAGAAGUGGGUUCAGUGUAUCAGAGCCCUGCCAACAUGGCACCACAAGGGGCACAGUACAGAUCUCAGGCUGCAUCAGAGUCAGUGUACCUGUCUCCCAGUGCUAUGCCAAGAUCUACGGUCGAAUCAGGAGUCGAGGCUGCUUAUCUGAGCCCGAGAGAGUCAAGUAUUACAGGCCAUUCAGAUACCUGCUAUUUGGUUCCUCGGCCAACAGGGGCAGCUGUACCUGGUGAGGAUUUUUAUCAGACUCCCGUGAACACUGCUCCAGUUCCACUGCUGCAAGACGGAGUAGCCAGCCAAGCUAAAACCGGUCAGGAACCUCCAGGAAUGUACCAAACUCCCAGUUCACCAGGGACAGCCAUGACAAGGACUCCACAAGCCGAACGCAAGCUAUCUGCUGGAUCUGUUGUGGUAUCAGCUGCCUCAGGACAAAUUGUAAACACACCUCCAACAAGCAGGUCAUCUGCCAGACCGGCGGGUCAGUGUGCCACUCCCCCUGUGACUCGCGGAAAAACAUCACAGACUACCGUGAAGGGAUCCCCUCUUCUUGUACGAACUGGGAAAUCCGGUCUGCCAGGGUCUCCUAACUUUGGCCGGAAGCCUCCUCCUCCAGCACCGCCAGUUAGAAGUGUGACUCGGAAGGAUUUACUGCAGGGUCAGGCAUCAUCACCCAUCACAAAACCCACUGCACAGGCAGGGCCUCCUACAGAGACUGCUAAAGAGGAGAAACAAAGACAGAUGAAUAAAGACGGAGGAAAGAAAACAGACAUGCAGAUGGCAAAGAAAGAAUGCAUAGCUUCUGAUGAUGGAAAUCAUGAUGAUCAGGUGUAUGACACACCUCCUACAAACAGGUGGCAGCAGCCAGUUCCUGCGGUUUCUGCCGAGGAGUGCGAAAGCAUCUAUAACACCCCCCGUGCCGUCCCCUUAAACACCGAACACGGAUCAGAGAUUUACGACGUCCCCACCCUUGCCCUGAAUCAACCCUCAGACCUCCAGCAGCAGACCUACAAUGUCCCUGCAUCACUUCCUCUAAGCGAUGACAUAGAAGAAGAUGUGUACAGUGUUCCAAGUCUUCCAGGUCUGCCUUUAGACUUGUGUGAAAUCCCUGGAUCAGUGGGUGAAGCAAGAGCAAGCACUGAGGUUUACUCUAUCCCUAGUCCUGGAAAGUCAGAAUUGUCAUGUGAGGAUGUCUCUGAAGCUGAUGGCGGUAUUUACGACAUGCCCGCUCUCACAGUGGACAUUCCUGCGUGCCGGCUCUCCGCAUCUAGCACGGGGUCAGGUGACAUCCAAUGGAAAAGUCCUCUCACUGGUCUCGUUCAGUCAGCUCUAAGCUCUGCCUCAAUCUCCUCAACACCUUCCCGGGAUCUGGCCGCAUCGCUGGCUGAGAUCUUGUCAGUGUGGAAAGCAGGUCACUUAGGCGAAGUCCCACCUUCUCUUCAGCAGGCAUGGUCUCGUCUUGCAGACCUCCUUCCUGCCCUUUCGGUGUGUGGUCCUUCCCCUCCGGGCGAUGGUCUGCUCACGAUGGUCCGCCGAGCUCUUGAAGACUCCACUACCCUUUUGCAGAGUCAAACAAGACCCCGUCUGCCCUCUCAGGAGUCUCUCUCACGGAGACCACUUCCUGCGUUGCCGGUUGCCGAGGUAAAACCCAUGGCAGUAGGAAUGGGAUCUCGCAAGGGCAGCUGGAUCCAGGAGCGUCCACUUCCCCCUCCUCCUGUUCCUGCAUUUCCGUUGCCUCCAGCACCUGCAUCUCUUCCACUUGCCGGACAGAUGAGCGAGGAUGAGCAAGGGAACGAAUACGCAGGGAUCGGGUUAACUCCUGCACCUCCGUUGUACCCUGCAGGAGACAGUGUGGGAUACGUCAAGCUUCAGGGAAAGCCCGAGCCGCCUCCUGACUCACAGGUUGAAAAUGGCACUUUGCAGGUCAUCUCUACAAAUGAUACCAGAUUGAGUCCCUCUCCUCCUCUUCCCGUCUCUCUGUCUCUUGAGGACUCCGAGCUGCUCUCCUUCUACUCAGCCCAAAGCCUGUCUCACCUCUCCUGCUUGGCUGACGCCAUCGACUCCCUGUUCAGCAGCAUUCAGGGGAACCAGCCGCCAAGGAUCUUCGUUUCCAGGGGAAAGAGUCUCAUUGUGACGGCGCAUAAGCUUGUUUUUAUUGGAGAUACGCUCGCUCGGCUUCUCAGCUCCACUGACCUCAGGGCAAAGGUCACUACAUCCAGUGGACGUCUGUGUCAGGCCCUGAAGUCUGUUGUUGUUGCCACCAAAGAUGCAGCUCAGAAUUACCCAUCAGUCGAGGCUACGCAGGAAAUGGUGGACAGAGUGGCUGAACUAUCCCAGCAUGCAGCUGGGUUCUCUGGGCUCCUUCAGCGACUAGCAGAAAUAUCUUGAUGUCUUCUGUCUUUUUUUUUUUUCAUGACUAUGCCUUUUCUCAUGACAAUGCCUUAUUUGUAGUGCGUUAUUAUUAUUAUUACUUUUUUUUUGGUUUGUAUGCAGAAGGGUAUCAUGAUUGUGUUUGAUUCGUCACACCGGUACUCGGUGAUUUGAUGGUGAAGUGUUGAAGUGUGCCUCCAGAUGGUUUAUGUGCGAUUGUGUGUAUAUGUCAGUGGGAAUGUACCGGUUUGUUUAUCUUUUUUUGUGCCUAGCACACGUCUGUGUGUCUUAAUAACUUAUUGAUGGUGUUUGUUUUGGUGUGAGGACGUGUUGCACGUUUUGUAGUGGUUUCAUUUUUGUAUUGCUUUGGUUUACUGCAACGGUCAUUGUCAUUGUCGGGCGCAGUUCUUUUCUUGUUUUACAUGUACAAAACAAAAGGCUACUGGGACUUUCUAUUUCUUUUUUUUAUACGUAGCCUCACAUUCACCUGGUUUCAGUUUAUGCCAUAAAUCUCAUGUCACGUCAUGCAGACGAUUCAUACUGCGAACUGGCUAGAACACAUGCUUAUGCAGAAAGGCAAGAAGGAAAUCAUGUUUUGUUACAAAGGUAGAUAGAUCCACUUAAAGCAGGGAUUGUGCUUUUUUUCUGAGAUAAUUUGUAAUUUUGUCCUUUCCCAUGACACUGACUAAGGCUGAAACCUGUUUAGCUAGUUUUACUCCUUCUUUCCUAUUCUUUUCACAGCCUUCCGUUUCAUACCUCUUUUCAAUCCUCAUUUUUUCUCCUUAAGCACCAGUUCUGCAUGUAAAGACAAAGGCAUGUCGGUGUGAAUGCGGUUCUGGGAAAAUGCUCUCCGCUAUAAUAAUCAAUAAACCGUAACUUAAAAAAGACAGAAACCGAUAUACUAUAUGUGAAAACUUGUAAUCUUUUCUCAGGGGCAUGUGUCAUGCCUUUAACUGGAAUUCAGACAAUAUAUAAUCAAUCACUUUAUAUUUAGAAAUACUGGUGUUUAUAAUAAUGUAGUCAGGAACAAUUCAUAAGCAUGUGUUUGACUUAAGUUAACAGUCUGGUACAUCCACAAGUCCAGACAUGAGCCUGUUCCCUGUCUGUCCUGCGCCCUCAUGAUUACACACCUGUCCCCUAUGGUUGAUAUACAGAGUCAAGACAAUGCUAGUACAGCUUUACAUAUCUACAUAUGUCUUCAUCUCUUAAGCUUAUUGUUUAAGAUUCACUUUUCCCAGCAAUGUGAUGAAAAACGCCCUGUAUAUUGUUUUCACCACCUUCCCAAUUUUAUCAUUAAGCUCAUGUGCAGACAUGUUGGGUUGAGUUCAAAGACGCCAACAUACCUGUUAUUGCCAUUGUAUCUAUUGACAUUUGGUAUCACAGAAUACUGCGUUUUUUACGUAUAAGUAUAGACUCGUAAUAUCGUUUACUUCCGUAUACGACUAUAACAAAUAAAUGACCACUUGCGGCUUAAAAAAAAGAAAGCACCGCAACAUAAUAGAUUACACAUUUGAUUCUCUUUAACCUCUAUUCAGUCAUGUACAGAUGGACUAGCUGACUAUACAGUAUAUAACCCAAUCUAAACGUAAAUGUUAUAUUUAAAACAGAAAUUAUUUUGUUUAUGUCUACAUACAAAUGUAAACUCAUUGUUUUGAAAAAGCAAAAUGCAUCAAAUCUCAUUUUAACUAGGACUGUUUGGCUCCUUUCACCCAGCAAGUAUUUAUUAUUUACACUAAUAAAUGUUGAAUUUGGCCACAAGUGAUGACUGAAGCUAGGAAAAAAUUAUGCCAAUUUUUUACCCAACGAGCAGUAAUGUGAAUUGUGUGGAUUCUUUCAGUACCACUUGAUAUAUUUUGGUCAUUCAUAUGUUACAUGGUAUAAGUGGAUAAAUGAAUAAAUAAAUAAAUUCUUACUAAAAGUGGAGCACAAUAGUGAAUAGAGUGUGAUUUUAAAUGUGAAAGGAGUUCCUCCAGGGGUAAUUAUCGAUGGGACAGCUGACAAGUGAGUGCUAAAAGCAGUUUCGUAAUGCAAGAGUAGCCCUAGAAACACAAAGGCAUACAAAGCUCAGUGUUUUUUCCCCUCACACUCCUUUCUGCCCUGUCCCACAGCGCCACCAAAUGGACCACAUCAGUAUUACAGUCUUGCUGCACAGCCCGACAUUAAAUUUUGGAUUUACAGAAAUAAAACCUUUUUUUUUUUUUUUACAUUGCAUUAAACCUCUUUGUUUGUUUGUUUGUUUGUAUCUGUUCUCCUGAAUAAUCUCAUAUUUAAAGACUUCUAUGUCAAUUAUAAAUGCAAAAACUGUUGAAAAUUUUCUUGUGCUUAGUUGAGAUGGUCUUACAAAAAUCACUCUCAUCGUAUUUAUUUGUUUUUUAUUUUAUUUUAGUAACUAUGCAUGAUUUUUUUUUCUUUAAAAAAAUAAAAAUAAAAAUAUGCACAUGUAACCAGGGAUGUCUCCAUAGAACAGAUUAGUAGUCAAAACGUUACUAACAAUUUGGAGAUUUUCCCCUUUUUUUUGUACGAGAAUGUAUUUUUUCAUUUUCUUUCUUACUUUACAACUUCCUGGGUGCUUAAUGGAGCUUGACUUUCUACUUGCCACGAUGAAAAUUGACUUCAAAUACAGUUUUUGUUACAACGCA